AUGGCAGAACAUAGAGAUAUUGAAGGAUGGUUGGCAUCAAAACUUGAAGAUAAUUGGUCAUCAGAACGUUUAUCAUCAUUAUUAAAUAAAGAUAUUCUUCAAUUCUUUUUAUUAAAAUUUUCAAAAAUUGAUACACUAAUUAGAAUUAAAGUAUUAUUUUCAUUCUUAUUCUUAAAGAAAAAACAAUUUCAAGAACUAGAACAAAAUAUAUCAAUGUUAUUACAGAUUGCCGAAGAGGAAGAAGAUGAAUGGUUAAAAGUAAUUGGUCAAUUAUUAAAUAAAAUAAGUGAUGAAAAGAUUUCUUUAAAUGUUGAUUUAGAGCCAUUUGUUACAAAUCUUAAAAGAGUAAAUCAAUUAUUGGAAGAAAAAGGAUCACCAAACUUUUAUCCAUUAGAAAAUAUGUACUUAAAUAAAAAUUUAAUACCAGUACCAACUGAAUCAUUGGUUGUACAUAGUCAUUUUAAAUUAAAGAAACCAUUAUCAGAGUUAUUGGUAUUUACUAAAAAAGAAAACACAAAUUUAACACCAUCAUUAUCUGGUUCAAAAUCAGUAAUUCAAACAACAUCACCUUCGAAUAUGUCUUCAUCAUUAUCAUCUUCAAAUUUAUAUGGAAAUAAUAAUAAUAAUAAUAAUAAUAAUAAUAAUAAUAAUAAUAAUAAUAAUAAUAAUAAUAAUAAUAAUAAUAAUAAUAAUGAUGAUGACCAUGAUGAUAAUCAUAAUAAUAAUAGCAAUAAUAAUAGUAGUGGAUUAGAAAGUCCAAGUUUAAAAAAUGUUAGAUUGAGUUCAAGUGGAUUAACACCAACAUUAAGAAGAUCAAAUUUAUUUAUACCAAGAUCACAUCAUGGUGGUGAUGGUUUAUCAUCAUCAUCAGGUUCAAUCAUAAGUCCACCCUCUUCAAUGUCAUUAAGUGGUCAUGGCAGUGGUGGUAGUGGCGGAAAUUUAGAAAAAAGAAUGGGUGGAGGUGGAGGUGGUGGACAAAAGAAAUCUAAAAUGGCUUUCAUCGAUAUUGAACAGGUUAGAGAAAUUAGUCAAACACCUCAAAAGAAAAGAAGACAAUCUAUAGAUCCUCAGCCACAACAAUCUCAACCAUCACAACAACAACAACAACAACAACAACAACAACAACAACAACAACAACAACAACAACAAUCCGAAAAAGAUAAUAAUAAUAAUAAUAAUAAUAAUAAUAAUAAUAAUAAUAAUAAUAAUAAUAAUAAUAAUAAUAAUUCAUAUUUGCCAGGAAUAAAUGAAUCAAAUGAUCAAUCACAGACAUCACCUCAACAAUCACCACACUCUCAACAUUUACAACAGCAGCAACAAUUAAAAGAACAACAACAAGCAGCUCAAGUUUUAGUACAACAACAACAAUCAAAAGAACAACAACAAAAAGAACAGCAAAUGAGGGCACAACAACAGCAACAACAGCAACAACAACAGGCAAUUCAACAACAGCAAUUAAAAGAACAGCAAUUAAGAGAACAGCAGCAACAACAGCAACAACAACAAUUAAGAGAACAGCAAUUAAGAGAACAACAAUUAAGAGAGCAACAAUUUAGGGAGCAACAAUUUAGGGAACAACAACAAUUUCAACAACAAAAUCGUCACAAUUAUCAAAAUGAACAAGAUAAUUCGCAACAACAACAACAACAACAAUAUCAACCUUUACAACCACCACCAGUCAUACCCCAAAACUAUCAACAACCAUCACUUCAAACUCUACAAGCUGCACAAGCUAUUCAAUCGAUGCAAUCAAUGCACCAACAACAACAACAACAACAACAACAACAACAACAACAACAACAACAACAACAACAACAACACCCACAACUCUCCAUUCAGCAACAAGCAUUAUUACAGCAACAACAACUACAACAACAACAACAACAACAGCAACAACAACAACAACAUCAACAACAACAGCAACAACAACAUCAACAACAACAAACACAGCAAGCUAUUACUUCACCAUUAUUGAAUGCAAGUCCACCAAUGACUGGAAAGAGAAAAAAAGAUGACCAAGAAUCUCUAGCAUCUCAAAAGAAAAAAGAAAAACAAGAGAAAAAAGAUCAAAAGGAACGUGAAAAGGAAAGAGAGAAACAAGAUAAAGAAAGAGAAAAACAAGAAAAAAAAGAUCAAAAGGAACGUGAAAAGAGAGAAAAGAAAGAACAAAAAGAAAAAGAGAAAAAAGAAAAGAAGUCGAGUCAAAGAGCAAAUAAAAAAGCAAAAACUGGUGAUUCUGAUAAUGCUGGUAGUGGUGAUUCUCCUUUAAUGUCAUCACCAACAAUUCCAUCACAUGAUUUGAGUGGUUUAUCAACCUUAAUGAAUAUUGUAGACAGUCAACAAGGUGGUAACUCCAAUAAUCAACAAUCACAACUCAACCAAAAUCGUUCACCAACACAACAACCACUAAUUCAACAACAAAUACAGCAACAAUUUCAACAAUUACAACAACAACAACAACUACAACAACAACAACAACAACAACAACAGCAACAACAACAACAACACAAUCCAAUGCAACAACCACAAAUUCACCAACAAAUUCAACAACAAUUCCAACAACAUCAACAUCAUCAUCAGCACCAACAACACCAACACCAACAGCAACAACAGCAACAACAACAAUAUCAACAACAUAAUCAAAACCAACAACAUAAUCAAAACCAACAACAUAAUCAAAGCCAACAUAAUCAAAACCAACAAAAUCAGUCAUAUCCAUUCGAUCCACAGUAUUAUUUACAAAGAUCAACCCAACAACAAACACAAUCACCUCCUGCACAUUUAAAUUACCAGUCACCACAGUAUUAUAAUCAACAAAAACAGGAGGGUUUAGGUAUUAUUGAACAACAAAGAAGGAUAAUUGAACAAUCAGGCCAACCAUAUUUUGGAAACUAUAACAAUAAUAAAUAA